UAUGUAUCCGCGAUCAUCUGAAACCUGACAUAUUUAGAAAACCCAUCUGACGACAAGAGAGGACAAGCAGUCAAGUAGCCUACAGUGCUGGCCUGAAGAGACACAGAGAGACCUUUGAAGACAUUGAAGACAGAAGUUCAAAUCAUCUAUCCAGAAUGGUUUCUGCUGGGUUCCAGAUCCUAGGCUCUGCUCUGGGGAUUAUAGGCUGGAUUGGUGCCAUCAUCGUGUGUGCCCUUCCUAUGUGGAAGGUCACUGCUUUUAUCGGCAGUAACAUUGUUACUUCGCAGAUCUCCUGGGAAGGGAUCUGGAUGAGCUGCGUGGUCCAGAGCACCGGCCAGAUGCAGUGCAAGGUCUAUGACUCCAUGCUGGCCCUCAGCUCCGACCUCCAGGCAGCCCGGGCCCUCAUUGUCGUCUCCAUUGUGGUGGGCAUCAUGGCUAUCCUGCUCUCCGUAGCAGGGGGGAAGUGCACCAACUGUGUCAGUGAGGAGGCAUCAAAGAUGAAGGUGGGCAUUGGUUCCGGUGUCAUGUUUAUCAUAGCUGCGGUCCUUUGCCUUGUCCCUGUCUGCUGGACAGCCCACACCAUCAUUCAGGACUUUUACAGCCCUCUCCUGAUUGAGGCCCAGAAGAGAGAGCUGGGGGCCUCGCUCUACAUCGGCUGGGUGGAGGAAGUGUGUUCACAAACCUUCAUCGGCUGGCUGGGCACCGUCAUCACCUGUGCUCUGCCCAUGUGGAGGGUUACAGCUUUUGUUGGGGCGAACAUUGUCACUGCGCAGGUGACCUGGGAGGGCCUGUGGAUGAGCUGUGUGGUCCAGAGCACGGGGCAGAUGCAGUGCAAGGUGUAUGACUCCAUGCUGGCUCUGCCUCAGGACCUGCAGGCUGCCAGGGCCAUGGUGAUCAUCUCUGUGAUCGUCGGGGUGUUUGGCAUGCUCAUAGCCAUCGUCGGAGGGAAGUGCACCAACUGCAUGGAGAAUGAGGCAUCCAAAGCCAAGGCCUGCAUCGUCUCUGGUGUGAUUUUCAUAAUAACUGCCUUCUUGAUCCUAAUCCCGGUGUCCUGGUCAGCUCACACUGUCGUCAGAGACUUCUACAACCCUGUGGUGGUCUGGUCACAGAGACGGGAGCUUGGCGCUGGGCUCUACAUUGGCUGGGGCUCUGCAGGUCUGCUGUUUCUUGGAGGGGGUCUGCUCUGCAGCAACUGCCCCCCAGAGGAGACAAGACCCUACAUACCUGCCAAAUUCAGCCCUUCAAGAACGGUGUCAUCAACUGUGAACUAUGUGUAAGUCUCUUGGCUGCAGAGGGUUUUAAUUACUUUGAAAAAAAUGUCAUAACUAAAAAACAUUCUAUUUUAUUGCUUACUUGUAGUUAUGUAGUCCUUUGGAUGGUUCAAAAAGACUUUAGCAAGGUUUUGAGAUUCAAUAAGCUAUUUAGGCUUUUAUUUGAUCCAUUUUAUUUUUAAAUAAAGACUCUCUUAUAAUAAUUCAGUAAAGUAAUCAUCAACUUGAGUAAUAUAAUACACGAAAGAGAAGCAUCAACCACUCGACUUGAAGUCGGAAUCAGCCAAUCUUGUAAACGCUUUGAUUGAUGAUCAGAUCAAAUACUCAAAAAUUUGAUACUUUUCCCAUUCAACAAAUGCACCAAAACCAAGAACUCCCACCUUUAUUGAUUUUUAAACACAUCAACAAACAGCUUGUACUAUGAUACACUUUCUGAGUCUAAAAUGAAUUAAUAACCUUUGUUUUCUGAUUUUAAAGAAAACCAUAAAUAUUGGUCUGGAAAAGCCUGAUUAGUGCACUUCUAAUAUGGACUAACAUGUUCUGACUUCUAAGAUAUUGUUUCAACUUUACUAUUUCCAGAAAACCUUUUUAAAAGUAUUUUACAAAUGAGCUACAUAGCACAAAGGUCACUACAGGAUUUGUUCUGCUUGUGGUAAGACAUUAAAGAAUCCAGCUGAGAAACCUCCUGAGAAUUUACUGUAACUGUCUGAGAUGUUUGCCAUGCUGUAAUGGACUGCUCUUGUGUUGAGACAGGGAUUUAGCAUUUCUGUCGUGAGCAAAAUGGAUGUCACCAGCAGAGACAACAGAGGGCUGCGUAUGCUUGAAUCCCUGUUGCUGAGGAACAGUUUUAUGUGUUUAAAGAAUGGAUAUUUUCAUUUCGCUCAGUGAGAGAGCAUCUGCCAAGCCUUGCUAAGAGGACGACAUGUUUUAAACCUUUUUUAAUGCUCCUGAUUCAGAUUGACUGAAAUUCUGUUAACACUUGAGGUUUUCUUGAAUAUCAACUCUCUAUUUUUAUUGUUAAUGAAUAAUCUUUCUUUUAAACAUAUUAAUCCUGGUAGAAGAUGCACUUGUACAAUUACAAUGAUAAAGUGUACCUUUGUGUUUCACAAAGUGUUUUCUAUUUUUUGUAUUUUACUUUAAUUAAAAAAGCAGUUUUACAAAACACCAUUUUAAAGUUUUUUUUUUUAAAGGUCACUUUCAUAUCUAUUGAGACAUGCAUGUGUGGUAUCAAAUAUACCAAUGUCUUAAAUAGUUACAGAUUCAAAACCCACAACAUUUUCUGUCAUAAUGUUUAUAAAUGCUACUAACAAGAUGCCAGGAGUUUGAAAGGACUUUCCUCUGAAUGUUUGAAGCAUAGAAACUACACCCCACCUGUUGCUGAGCAUAACCACUCAGCUUCCUGAUAAAAGGCUACUACAUUUUGCCCUUAUCCAUCCAUCCAUCCAUCCAUCAUCCAUCCAUCCAUCCAUCCAUCCAUCCAUCCAUCCAUCUAUCCAUCCAUCCAUCAACAAGCCAACAUUUAGAAGAAAUGUAUUUAUUUUAAAUGAAGUAUUUGUUUACAUCAGACUUUGCUUUUAUUUACUAUCCCAAUAUUCUUCAACUCACCUUUGGGUUGAUAUUACCAGACCAUAAUUUGAUAGAUGUUAACAAAAGAAGAGAAAGACUUAGCUUUAAGGAGAUGGGUCACAUCUUAAGAGCAAAAGUAAAAUCCAAAUCAAAGCCGUUGUUAUAGCCAAAAUACAGUAGAUUUAUUUUAAAGACAGCAGAGUCCAAGCAAGUAAAACCCAAAUACCUGAUAAUUAUAGUGAAAAGGAACGUAACUUAUUCUUUAUCUAACAGUCAUGUUUCUUUUGUUACAAAGUAUGCCAAUGGAAUGGGAUCUUCUUGGUAGAAAUUUAAACUUGCAUCCAAAUGUUUGUCCUGUGCUGUACAUCACAGGAAUUGGCUAAGUCCUGGUAUCAUAACGCAGUAAAGUAUUUGAAAAAUUGCUGUCUCAAAAUCAUAUUUAUUUUGUAUCGUUCCAUUUAAUAGAAAUGGUCAAUUCAAGUCUGCUUUUAAAGAAGCUGCUAAAUCUUUGUAGUCUUAAUAAUUGAGAAAGUAAAUAAAAGCAAAAGGAGUGGCUAAUGAAAGACAAACACUGAGCAUCAUAUCCAACAAUUUCCAUUUUGUCAGUGAAAAUCUCCUUGUAAAUAGUUUAAAAAGUGUCUUUAUCAACCAGUAGUACUGCAGAACAAAUCUGUACCAUUCUUGAACUGUAGUUGGGGCUGCAAAUGCUCCAAUGGGCCUCACUUUGGACAACCAUCCUCUAACAUUUUAAGUAAGUAUCUCUGGAUUUAAAAAGGAAAAAAAAAAAGUCAUGGUCUCAUUUUAAUUAACAUUUUAUGCAGCAAAAUUUUUUAGAAUUUUUUUUUUCGUGAAACCGUGCAGGAGAUUGUACUGCAAAAACCAUUUCACUUAAAUAAUAAAUAAUAAUAAUGCAUGCCACAUUUUCGACAUAAAAUUUGUUUAUUUUAAUAAAAAAUAACCCUAAAAAAUACAUCUCAGAUAAAGACAAGUCCCAAUGUUGCAAAACCAAUCCUCUGUUGAGUUAGAAAAUAUCUGACAUCACAAUCAACAAGUAAGCGAGCAGUCGCAAAGUCUUAACAUUUCAUGAGCUAAUCAAUCUAU